AUGAAUAAUCAGUCUACUAAGACUAUUCCUGAUGAAGUCGAAGCUCUUUACAAACAGGGUUGGAAAUAUCAAAAUCAUCGCCAUUACACGUCAGCGCUUGAUUGUUAUGAAAAAGUGAUUACUCAAAUAGAAUCGAUACCCCAAGGUAACUAUGAUGCUCAUAAACUUAAAUGUCAUGUUUAUCUGGAAAUGGCUGAUUGUUGUACAGAAGAACAUAAACGGUUAAAAGCCCAAAAAUGGAUUAGUGAAGCAGAGAAAUUAGCUAAACAACUACAAGACGAAGCGAAGGCUGCAAUACGCUUGGAUAGGCGGAGAAACGUUAAACGACUUGAUGGUGAUUGUAAAGGCGCCUUGAAAGGUUUUAAAGAUUCUCCUGAUUUGAAAUUAAAACCGUCAAGAGGCGAAAAUAUCGAUGUUAAUGACUCCUACGAUGACAAUGGCGUUAAGUACACUAAUCUAGGCAAGUACCACGUAGCUAAUAUAUCGGAGACCAAUGGCGUAAUAUCAUCAGGUUUUAGCGAUAGCGUCGCAAGUGGCCAAUUUUGCAAUAAUGAUGAUAAUACGAAUAACCGAAAUAAUAUUAGUAGCAAUAAUAAUGAAGCACCGACUUCAGCACCAUCUACAUCAUCAAGUAAUCAAAUGACUCCACCUGUUACUGGGUUUGACCAAGAUAACAAGAAAAUAGAAGAUCGAUCUAAUAUCAAGCAGGAUAUUAAAAAUAAUUUAAACGAGACAGUUUAUGAGAGAAUGCCAAAGUUCAAAUCAAAAUCAGUACAUGAUUGGAUGCUUAAUGAGACGGAAGAAUUAGCAAGUUCAUCAGGUCUGAAAGAAGAAGAAGAAUUAAUAUCGACGUCGCAGGCGCAACAAGCAUUAACCGUCUAUGGCGAGGAAUUUAUUCGAAUUGUUCCUGUUGAUGAAGUAUUAGUUCCUUUAAAAUUAAAGCACGUUUUAAGCUCGAGAGAAGUGGAAAUGAUAAAUAGUAGAAUUCACGAGGAAGACAAGGCACAUAAAUUAUACGAUAUUUUAUUUAAAAAUCGCCAUGGAAAUGAUUUACCAGUGUUUUGCCAACUACUCAAAAAUAGUUCAGUUCGAGGUGUUCAAAGCUUUGGAAAAAAAUUGUUAAAGAAAGCAAAGAAUCUAUCUGCAGAAUCAUCGUAA